AUAUAUAUAUAUAUAUACAGACACCUUGAGAGCCUUUGAAGUGGUUGGAUUCAGUGGUCCAGAUGACGAUCUGCUUAAGAAUACUGGUGCUGAGCUUUUUCUUGGUUUCCUUUACGCUGGCUUGUGGACCCGGCAGGGGUUACGGGAGAAGGAGACCCCUGAAAAAAUUACCCCCCUUAGCCUACAAACAGUUCAUCCCCAAUGUGGCAGAAAAGACCUUAGGGGCCAGUGGCAGAUAUGAAGGAAAGAUAACCAAGAAUUCGGAGAGAUACAAAGAACUGACCCCAAAUUACAACCCUGACAUAAUUUUUAAAGAUGAAGAGAACACUGGGGCUGAUAGACUGAUGACGCAGAGAUGCAAAGACAAACUCAAUUCCCUAGCAAUCUCUGUAAUGAACCAGUGGCCAGGAGUGAAGCUAAGGGUGACUGAAGGCUGGGAUGAAGAUGGCCACCAUUCUGAAGAGUCUCUACACUAUGAAGGCAGGGCAGUGGACAUUACAACUUCUGAUCGAGACAGGAGUAAAUAUGGCAUGUUAGCCAGGCUGGCAGUAGAAGCUGGAUUUGACUGGGUUUAUUAUGAAUCUAAGGCUCAUAUACACUGCUCUGUUAAAGCAGAAAACUCAGUUGCUGCUAAAUCAGGAGGCUGCUUUCCUGGAGAUGCCACAGUGACCCUUGAAAAUGGUGUUACCAAAAUGAUAAAAGACCUUAAUCCUGGAGAUAGAAUUUUAGCAGCUGAUGAGGAAGGGAAAUUAGUUUACAGUGAUUUCAUUAUGUUUCUGGACAAAGAAGAGAAAUCCAAGAAAAUAUUCCAUGUGAUAGAGACAAAGGAGCCAAAACGGAGAAUACCACUGACAACAGCGCACCUUCUGUUUCUGUCAUCAAAUUCGACCAACAAUGAGGAACCUUUUCAGACAACCUUUGCAAGCAAUGUUGCACCUGGCCAGAUCAUCUACAUUUCUGAAAGAGACAAGAACCAGUUACAGGCUGUUACAGUGGAACGUGUUUAUUUAAAAGAAUACAUAGGGGCAUAUGCCCCACUAACUACUCAAGGCACUGUGCUAAUAAAUGGGGUUUUUGCUUCUUGUUAUGCUGUAAUAGAAGAACAUAAUUGGGCACAUCUGGCAUUUGUACCACUAAGGCUGGGUUAUAAGAUCGCUUCUUUAAUAUUUCCAAAAGAACAGAAAAUGAUCAAUGGAACUUGUCAAGAAGAUGGGGUCCACUGGUACUCAAAAGUUCUAUAUCAAUUAGGGACAUGGAUCUUAGGAAAUGAUUUCAUUCAUCCACUAGGAAUGUCGUUAAGCUCUAGUUGAGAUAUUCUACAGCAGACUAAAUUUAUUACAAGUUUAGUAGGACUGUCCAAAGUAGACUGUCAGACUUUAAGGAGACAAAGACCCCAAGAAGUUUCUAAAUAUUUAUUUCUUUGAACAUUCACUUUUCUAAAAUAAGAACUGGAGCUUCAACAGCCUUAACUAUUUAGCUUGAUAAUUUAUUUUCAUGAGAUUGUUUCUUGGUUCCGCAGGUGUAGACUUCAAUUUUGUGAGGCCAGCCAAAUGUGCAGAGUCUAUUUUUCUACUCCAUGUGUCCUGUCUUUCAGAAAAUUCUGCAAUGUACUAAUGUGCACUCAUUACACUGGUUUCACUGUUACAUAAAGUGUAAAGAAAGAAAUGCUUCAUAGGGGUCCAUAAAUUAUAUUUUUAUACACAGAAUUGUAAAUUAGAUUUUUGAGAGAUCAAUACUUACUGAGCAUAUUUCGUUAUUUGAAAUAGUGUAAAAUAUGAGAAUAUAUUAUUUUAAUUUAAAUAGUUUGGAAUAUAAUGUUGUGGUCAUCUCUUGAAUUUUUUUAUGUUUCAAUAUUUUGUUUUAUACACGUCAUUACUUAUGUUCUUGAAAAGCUAAGACUGUUACAGAAAAGCUUUCCAUUUGCAGAAGUAUGGACAUUGCUAUUUUAACAUCUACAAAGGUUUAUUAAAAGAUACUAUUUUUUAAAAAAAAGUGCACACAGUGACAAUUUUAUGAGGAUAAAAUAGUAGUUUGUACAAAGAACAGGGAUGUUUUACAUGGAUCAAUUGAAAAAAAUAACAAUUGUUAAUUUACUAAAAUGUAUUUUUGAAUAUUUUGUAAUAGUUUUAUAGAAAUAAAAUGUGCCAAUGCAAAGCUUGGCUAAACAGUAA